AUGAUUCGGUAUUUGCGAUUUACAGCCCGUAGUUCGUAAUGAUUUUACCGACCCUCCGGCCACUUAUCCACGUUUUUUUAGUGUCUUUCCAACCAAACUGCUCGCCGGUCUUAGCCAGCGUCGCUUCCUAUCGCUUUCUAGUCCAGUGGCAAAAGCGCGCCGAGUCCUUCUCCCGAAAUUUCCGCUCAAGGCCAAGCCGGGAAGGAGUGUUCGGAUCGAGUUGGCGGAGUACAGUGAUUUGGAGAUGAUCAACAAAUUUACCCACACUCACUUUGCGCCCUUGGAACGAUCUGCGCACGGGGUUGGUAAGUGUGCCGUGAGUACUCAAAAAUUGGGAAUUUUCGAGAAAUGACGGUUUAUUUUACAAGGCAACUGCACAGAGUGUAGUAUCAGUGUGUCGGGAAAAUAACAAGCUCUCUGUCGCAUCGAAACUACCCACUUUCUGGAAAGACUAGUAAAUUUGCAGGGCUUUUUGUGCCGAGCAGUAUAAAAUGUCCUCCGCGGCUCGCGCCCAGCCCAUUUUUUGAAGAAUUUUUGUCCUUUGGCCAGUCAUUGUAUAAUAUUUCUUACCAAUAUCUUGGUUAUUAUCGGAAAGAGCAUGGUAAAAAAUUUCGUAUAAGGAUCGUAUAUUGUGAAGGUUGAGCCUGAACUCCUUCCCUUUUUUGAUUUUCACCAAAAACUCUGAACUCUCCUUUUUUGAACACUUCUCCAUUUUGAAAAUUGAAAAAAACGAGGUGUGACAUGUUAUACAAUGGAAAUUUUUUACAAAUUAAAAAAAAUUAGGUGUGACAUCUUUUACGGUGGUAAUUUUUUUCAAAUUGAAAAAAUUAGGAGAAGAAUUAGGUGAUAUGUCAUACCUAAAUUUCCAAAAUUUCCACCGUAUAACAUGUCACACCUCAUUUUUUUUCAAUUUGAAAAAAAAAAUUUAUCGUAUAACAUGUCACACCUUAUUCUUUUCAAUUUGAAAAAAAUUCCAUCGUAUGACAUGCCACACCUCAUUUUCUCAAUUUGAAAAAAAAAUUUUCAUCGUAUAACAUGUCACACCUCAUUUUUUCAAUUUUCACAACGAAGGGAGUGUUCAAAAUGGGGGAGAGUUCAGAAGGGGGAGAGUUCAGAUUGGGGGAGAGUUCUGCCGCAACAUACAGUGCGUCCCAGGUUUUUGGUUCCACCCCAUUUUUUGAUCAUAUCUCGGGGGGUUUUUUCUCAAAUGCCAUGAAAUUUUACACAAGUGUUAACCAACCUUUGAGAAUACGCUAUGCAAAGUUUCAUCCGAUUUGACUUCAGUACUCUGACGUUAUGGCGAUUUUUUAAAAUUUUGGGUGUCCCAGGUUUUUGGUUCCACUUGGAAAUUUGCGAGUUUUUGGUCCGGUUUUGAACCAGCCUGCUCUUAAUACCAUUCCUCGUGUUCUCUGUAGUAUUAGAAAGGGUAUUACAUUCGGAUCUACCGUACUUUAUCGACGCAGUGGCCCCACGAGCCAUCUCCGACCUUGUACAUCAGGUAAACAUUGGUUUUAAAAAAAAUUCCGAUUAGUGAUUUAUUUCCGGCAAGAAACAACUUAGACUACUUGUAGCAAAUGUAGCAAAUGCAAGAUGUAAAACUACACCGAUACCGAUUUGUUUGAAGUAGUUUAAUCGACCUUUUAAGUCAUUUAAGCUACCGUUUACAUUCUACAGUAACCUUCAGAGGUCCUAAAAGUACAGAAAAUUACUAUCUAUGGGAACUUUUUGCCCCGAAAAUCAAACUCAGCAUGUUAACAAACCUAUAGCUGCAUCCUAUUUCUUGCUUAAAGGGCCUGUACAGCUACUUUGAAAAGCGAUUUUCUCGGCUUGGGGUGGCGUUCUGAUAUAACGUUUGUUUUCGUGGUGGAACGCACUGACAAAUUCGGUGCGACUUUUUUUGAUCCAAGAUGAAGAAUAUUAGGUGUAUAACGUACUUUAUUCAGUGUCAUAUGGCGCCAAUUUGUUGUUUUUAUGUGGAGAAUGGGUAAGUCGGUGUUUUGAAAAAAUUUUGUGUGGUUUUUUAGACAUUUUUAUGUUGGGGAUGCCUUUUUAAGCCUCUGGGAUAAGUUAUAAGAUAAAAUAGGUUUUAUGAGGUGAAAGGAAGGUAAACUUGUUCUAGAAGGUUUUGCUUAUGAGUGGGUGAAGUUAUUUUGAAAUACGCUACAUUGUUUUUGACAUUUGAUGUAUUUUUGAUAUUAUUUUAGGUAGAAAUAAGUGGAAAAUGCGUCGUAAUGUUGCGUAUAUACCCUGACAAUUAGGUUUUAUGGCCUUCACAAUUAGGUUUUAUAGACCUGCAGCUUUAUUCGGGACUUUUAUUUAAUGUUUUUUAUUCCAUCUGACUUUAAUUUUCACAUUGUAUUGUUCAUGUUUGUCUUUGUUUUCCAGGCAGAAUUCCCGUUGCCCGAACGUCGUCUGACUGAAGAAACCGAGGUGCUCAAGGGAUCAGAACCGCUGUGGAUUCCAGCAAAAUUGAUUAGAACCGGCAAUGGAGAAGAUGCAGCCAUUUUCUGUAUUAUGCAGACUUUUUCAAGAAUUUGAACAAUAAAUAAAUCAAGUUUAAUACGUGGGUAAUUAACUAGAAAGGUACUCAAAACAGCAGUCGUUGAAGCGGUGUUCUUAGCGGCUUUCACGAAAGUUGGGAUCGUUGAAUAUGGAAUUGAUCGUUUGCACUUCUGAAAUGAUAGUGUAAUAUAACUUUACCUCAAAAAAGUUAUUUGUGCUCCUUCAAACCUUUCAUGAAGUUCCUAAAAGCCAAAGAAAAUAUUCUCAAAUGAACUUACAAUGGGAGCAACGCGUUUUUCGGCUUUCACAUUCCACCUUCCUCGCUGUCUUUGUGUAAGGGAACGGGAUUUUGGAGACUUUUCUGGUUACCAUCCUCGUUGACCUGGUACGUCUUGAACUCAUGCUUGGUAUGCCGUUGCCCAGACUUCAACUUAUCAAGAGUGAGCUUUGAUGGCUCUUCCGCAACAACAAGUUUUACCUAAAAUAAUAUCAAAAAUCCAUCAAUCUGUCAAAAUUAAUGUAGCGUAUUUCAAAAUAACUUCACCCACUCACAAGCAAAACCUUCUAGAACAAAUUUACCUUCCUUCCACCUCAUAAAACCUAUUUUAUCUUAUAAUUUAUCCCAAAUGCUUCAAAAUGCAUCCCCAACAUCAAAAAUCUCUAAAAAUCCACACAAAAUUUUUUCAAAACAACGACUUACCCAUUCUCCACAUAAAAACAACAAAUUGGAGCUAUAUAACGCUGAAUAAUGUACGUUAUACACCUAAUAUUCUUCAUCUUGGAUCAAAAAAAGUCGCACCGAAUUUGUCAGUGCGUUCCACCACGAAAACAAACGUUAUAUCAGAACGCCACCCCAAGCCGAGAAAAUCGCUUUUCAAAGUAGCUGUACAGGCCCUUUAAAUGUUCUAUCUGCCGCAGGUGGUUGGUUCAAGGAUAAAUGGGUAAAAGCAAGCCUAUUUUGGCCUAUUUUUCGGAACUGUUUUGUAGAACGAACUUUACAGACCCGAUUUAUUCUGAAACGGCUAAUGAUUGUAGCAUUACGUUUUCAGGCACGCUGCGUUCAAAUUUGCAUAUCAAAUUUUGUGAUUCUCGUCCAUUCCUCUUGGUAAUUCGGGGUAUAAAGUGUUACGGUAGCUACUUGUUGAAGAUGAUAUGCCAAGAAAAUACUCGAGAUCAUUGAGCAAGCUACUUUUUUCAUUAAGUAGAUGCACACUGUAUAAUUUAACAGCAUUGGCAAGUUUAAUGCCCAAAAAACAGCCUGACAGACAUUUUUUUCAGAACCAAUCUUUAUCUCAUGUACAAGGUCGGAGAUGGCUCAUAGCGCCACUCCGUCGAAAAAGUACGGCAGAUACGAAUGUAAUACCCUUUCUAAUACUACAGAGAACAAGAUGAAUAGUAUUAAGAGCAGGUUGGUUCAAAACCGGACCAAAAAACUCGCAAAUUUCCACGUGGAACCAAAAACCUGGGACACCCAAAAUUUUAAAUAAAUCGCCAUAACGUCAGAGUACUGAAGCCAAUUGGGAUGAAACUUCGCAUAGCUUAUUCUAAAAGGUUGGUUAACACUUGUGUAAAAUUUCAUGGCAUUUGAGAAAAAAACCCCAGAGAUAUGAUCAAAAAAUGGGGUGGAACCAAAAACCUGGGACGCACUGUAUAGUGAAACCUUGGUCACAAACUUAUUGCUAAUUUUAGGUGUUGAUCCCCAGGUGUUCUAUGACCAGCUUCUCCUUCCAAUCAUCGAGACCUGCCUCCAUUUCCCCUACACCACCUUGGCCUUCGACGGCGAUGAGUUGGUCGGUUAUCAUCUGAUGAAUAUGGACCGAUUCGACGAGAAGACCUAUGCAUCACCCAGGGAUGUUGAUGACCUUGAAUUUUGUAAGUAAAUCAACGUUGUUGACGAGUUCCUUGCAGUGAAAGAGAAAGCCUGCACCGCGUAUAAUGUGACCGACGAGAAUUUGAAGUUCAUGGCGACCGUUCUCUACUACGCCAUCCAUAUGACGCCACACUACUUGCCGAAGAGGGAGGGUGGUCAAGUUGUUGCGCAUGGCGAGAUGGUUUGCGUCAGGAAAGAUUACAAAGGGUAGGUGAGGAGGGGAGGGGAUGGAGAACACAAAAUUUAGAGAGCAGCCAGACAGAAGAACGUUUUUUGUCCAUUUCCAGUUUAACGUUGAAAAAAAUUAUUUUUUUGUGGAAACAUCACUCACUACUGUAGGAAUAAGGCUGCAGUUUUAUAUAAAAAAAAUUGCAAAAAAUGUGACAAUAUUGGCUGAUAUUUGGGCAGAAAAAUCUCGGUCAUUUCUGCAAAGCGCGAGGUAGAGAUCUACUAUAUGCCUUCGAAGACAUUACUCUAAACUUAUCCCAAGUUUCUUCAAAAUCUGAGCGUCACACUGCGACCACUGCCUCUUUUUUUAAUUUCAGCAACGCCCUCCUCGGCGCUCUGCUUCAACAGGGCUGUGUGGCCGUUCAUGAGCACGGCUUUGUCGAAUACUAUAUGGGAAACUCGACUUCGCUCGCCACCAACCACUCAUGCGUCGAAUUGGGUGCCGAGAAGCUUUGGGAAUUCAUGUACAAGGACGUCAAGUUCAAUGGAGUCCACGUCUUCAACAAGGGCACCAUCGCGUCCGACGAGUUCAUUGCGCUGAACCUGGGCCGCGUUGAGGACAUUGUCAAGAAUGACUUUAUUCAGCGGCACACCGCCGGACUUGCCUGA